CUAUUCACUUCAUCCAUUCGCAACUGCAUACCAUCAACUCCAAUAGAAAGUAGCUAAGAAGAGCAGAAGAAUCAUCAAUGGCGAGUUGCGGUAUCCAACAAUCAGCAUUUGCUGGGCAGGCUGCCUUGAAGUCCCAGACCGAUCUCCUCCGCAAGGUCGGCAGCUCCGGUAGUGGUCGCUUCACCAUGAGGCGUACCGUCAAAAGCGCUCCCCAGAGCAUCUGGUAUGGCCCGGACCGCCCCAAGUACUUGGGCCCAUUCUCGGAGCAAACUCCGUCAUACCUCACCGGCGAGUUCCCCGGCGACUACGGGUGGGACACCGCGGGGCUUUCGGCCGACCCAGAGACCUUCGCGAGGAACCGGGAGCUGGAGGUGAUCCACUCGCGGUGGGCCAUGCUGGGAGCUCUGGGCUGCGUGUUCCCAGAAAUCCUCUCCAAGAACGGCGUGAAGUUCGGCGAGGCGGUGUGGUUCAAGGCGGGAGCCCAGAUCUUCUCGGAGGGCGGGCUGGACUACUUGGGCAACCCGAACCUGAUCCACGCCCAGAGCAUCCUGGCCAUCUGGGCUUGCCAGGUGGUGCUGAUGGGGUUCGUGGAGGGAUACAGAGUGGGCGGCGGCCCGCUCGGCGAGGGGCUCGACAAGGUGUACCCGGGCGGCGCGUUUGACCCGCUGGGAUUGGCGGAUGACCCGGAGGCGUUCGCGGAGCUGAAAGUGAAGGAACUGAAGAACGGGCGUUUGGCUAUGUUCUCCAUGUUCGGGUUCUUCGUGCAGGCCAUUGUUACCGGGAAGGGCCCGAUUGAGAACCUCUUCGACCACGUUGCUGACCCAGUAGCUAACAAUGCUUGGGCCUAUGCCACAAACUUUGUACCCGGAAAGUGAAAUCACUGAUGAGUGAUGUCACUUAAUUUCCUCUUCUGCAUGUGAAUUUACCUUUCUGUUUCUGUUAAACUGUUAAAGUAAUGAAAAACUCCACUAUCUUGUAUGGUUAAUAUGGUUUCAUCCUCUUCA